CGACCUCGCGGAACAUUGUUGGCCGGAUCGGAGAAAAGAGAUAUAUAUAUAUAUAUAUAUAUAUAUAUAUAUACAAUUAUAUUCCCGCAAUGUCAUCAUCGGAGUAGAUUCGAACGUUCGAUAGAUCCGCGCAGGCAUCGGGGGAAAGAGUUAAAAAAAAAAAAAACUGAAGAGUUCAAAUUAGGUGUAUCGCAGAAGAUUAUUUUGUCGCGUAACAUUGUUGUACGCCUCCCCACCCCCCCACCCCACCACCCUCUGUACGUUGCGACGACGAGUUAUACAAAUAUGCGUAUAAUACGAGAGUCGAUGAUUCGAACCGUUUAUCUCGUUCGUUGGCCGUAAACACGUUAUAAACGCUCACUAGAAUAAAACUGAAACUGCAUAAAGUGCAUAAUGGAUUAUUAUUGUCAGAGUGGCGACUAUGUACGUACGUCAAGGAGAUAAAUGAGAUUCGAUUUUCCUCUUUGUUUUUUUUUCUUUUUUUUUUUCUCUCUCUCCUCGCGAUAAACUCGAGCGCACGCGUCCAACUUUCAUGAAAAAAUUGAAAAAAAUAAAAACAAUUUCGGCCCGCGUUCGGCACAUUUUAUUCCACGGAUGGACAAGUAAUGAAUUUUAUUUCCGUGGCGAGUGUUCGAUAAAAAAAAUUAGAAAAAAAAAAUUAAAAAAAAAAAAAAAACAGGAGAGAAAAAGAAAAAUCGGAAAGAACGGUAGCCGGCGGGACACCGCAAGACGUUAUUAAUAACAUAACAAAUGGAACUGGAAGAGAAGAAAAAAGCGAGAAGCUGGGUAUACAGUUAUACAGUCGUCGCGGAGCGAUCGCGGUGAAGGGAUCGAAACAGUUUCAACAAUGGCGGGUCCGAUCAUUCUUUUAAUUGGACGAAACACGCCCGUCAUUGUCCGGCCUCGGACACCCCGUUCCCAUUUUUCCUUCCCGUCUCUCGAUCCCCGUUUUCCUUCCCCUCCGCGCUCCACCCCCGCACCGAAAUAUCACGACGACGGACAAUACCUCGUCAUCCCCGACGAACACAAUACCGAAAAAUUUUCCCCCGUAUCUACGCUCGCCGCGGCUACGCUCGACUCUACCGCAUACAGUGUACCGCACACGCUUCCAAAUAUUAUACCGCGCCACCCACGAACCUCCGAGGAUCCGUUUCUACCGGGUCUACGCCCACCCCCUCCACCCCCUCCCCACCCCCCCGACCGAGUAGGGGUCGCGCACCGCUGCCGACCACGUGAAAUAUGUACGCGGAUGGACCUCUCCGCGGACCAUAGACGGGUUGAAAAUAAACAAACAGACUUCCGAGUCCGGCGUACGGUCCGACGAGGGACCCCGAGCGGUAUACCUUAUUCCAGUCCCCCCGAGGGUCAUCGAGAGCAAAAGUCCGCCCUGUGGUGUAAGAGGAAAAUCGAGCGCAGUGAAAAGUGCGACGAAUGCGAUUGGGUGGUGCGCGUCAGCCGAUUACCUGCUUACCAACGAUAAUCGCGAAGAGAAGAAUUACGAUGCGCGAAUUGAUGCGAGUCGCGCGUUACUCCUAAAAUGGUGACCGAGGAUAUUAUCAGAGUUUUACCCAACUGGACGAUAUUCGACCGAGAGACAUUUUACACUCGGCAGUUAGGCACCUGCCAAGAGAAUCGAGUGAACAACGGUGAACGGUGAACGGUGAACGGUGAUCAUCUCGGGACUGACCGAGGAGAGCGAAGAUCGAAAUAAAUAAAUUUCCUUAACCCCCCGCGACCGCCGGUCCGGAUCGCCGCCGAUCGGAAUAGAGCCGGGGUGGCCGGAAAAGAGAAGUGGUGAAACGAUACGGGAAUUACGAGGGGCGCGUCGAAGUGUCGUCGCCUAGGGCAGAGGGAAGCUCAAUCAUCGUCAAUGAGACCGUCAUGCUGGCCUUGACCUACCCGGACGGGGCCAGGGUUCAGCGGUGCGACUACCUUCCCGACAACGAACUGAUAUCACGUGCUUCGUCAGUGGGCCGAUGGACGACCGCCACGAUCGCCACCGGCUUCGAAAGACUAGCGACGACUUCGACGUCCGAAGAAUCGACGAUAACUCGAACCCUUCACGGCGAACGUCGACGACCGUCGAGGCACCGGCGGUGUGAACUGCGCCGCAGAAACAACGGAAACAAGAAUAGCGAUGAAGACGAGGAGGAGGAUGAGGACGAUACCGGCGACGUUUCAAGCCGGACGAAAUCCCGAUCUGCCGCGGACGACCCGUCCGCCCUCCGGGAGGCGGUGUCCGCUCCGUGCGGAACCUGCGUAUUCCCCGGCGGCCACCGAACUUCGAAAGUCUCGAUCGGUGCGGGGGCGAACGAAGAACCCUCCUUACCACCCGGUACCGUCCGGGGAUCUAGUCAGUCACCGAGGACAUUCGACGAGCGUCUCCGAGGGGAUCGUCGCGGUACGACGGCCUCGUUACCCCGCGUCGGGAGAGAAUCCAGGGUGGCGCUCGCCCGCGGUGAGGAGAGUCACGGGAAACGGGGUGGACCGGAAAUAUCCGGUCGCGGCUCGUGGACGGGAGGCGGCCACCCCGAGGACCGCUCCCUGCUCCAGGUGGUCUUGAUACUGGUGCUACUGGCGAUCGGCACGAACAGACACUCCGGACAUAUCGCGUCCAAGGUGAACCGAACCGCUUUCGGGGUGUUCGCGAUCGGUUCGGUAGUUCGCGGCGUGGACUGUGCGCCGGUCGAUUUGGCCGCGGCCGCCGCGGCCGCAGCGGCCGACGCCGGCGUUCGGUCGGAGAGGUCGGCGAAUCUCUCCCACAUCACGGGAUCCUCGAGGAAGAUACAAAUGUACGUGAAAAAUCGCCACCUUCAAAUACUGCCGGACGGCACGGUGAACGGAUCGAACGACGACACCUCGGAUUUCACUGUGCUACAGAGGACUUCCGUAUCGAGAGGACAGUUGAGAAUUCAGGGAGUCGCGACGUGCCUCUACCUCUGCAUGGAUUCCUGCGGCGUUCUUUAUGGAUCGCACGAAUACACGGAGGACUGCGUGUUCAACGAGACCCUGGAGCAGCACAACUACAACACGUACAGUUCGGCGCGUUGGUCGACGCCACGCAAGACUCUUUACCUAGGUCUGAGCGGACGCGGUCAGCCGAGGCGAGUCCAGGCGAAGGGACACAAUUUGGGUCGUCUGUCGGCGUACGCGAGGGUCCUCACGCAGGUGGUGGCUACCGAUAGGGUGGAGGCUCUGCAGCGCAGGAUGCUCGGUGCCCGUCACAACGUCAGACAUCACCACGGCAGUCAGCAGAUAGUGUGCCCGGUGCCGGUGCCCCAGGAGAACGACGGUAGGGACAAGUUCCGUUGUCGCAAACGUAAGAAGCGAAAGAAACGUCGGCGAAAGUGUCGGAACGGCGAAACGCCGGGGCCUCAGUGCGAGGAGAGGGACUUUCAGGGUGCCGCGGUCGAGGCCCAGUCGAAGAGGUCCUGCGAGGAGGCGGCGGUAGACGAAGCUUGCAGAAAGGAGGCGCUGGAAACCGCGUCGAAGAAACGGAAGUCGCGGAUAGAAGCCGAGGAGCCGGACGACGCCGACGAGGAGGGUAGCGCGGAGGUGGAGAAAAAGUCCCGACGAUCUAACGGAGGAAGCGAGGUCGUCGGGGACGCGAACAACGUCAGGCAUCAGAAGAAAAAUGUCAAAGGUGGCAAAAAAUCCGGGGCCAACGUGCACGGGAAAAAGGGGAUAGCGGGGAGGAGGAGGAAUAGCAACAAGAACAAUCCUAACAACAAUCGCGCGGCGAAGGGUAACCGAAACGCGAAAAAGAAGGGAGCCUCGCAUCCAGCCUCGAGGGUCGCGAGGACGACGAAUCAGUCGAGGUCCUCACCCGCGAUAACCUCACCCCUUCCUAUUCUGUAUUCCGGCCCGAUCGCGAGCCGAUCGUCCUCGGAAAGAGCGUCGUCGUUAGCGACUCGGGAAACAAGCACGCUGUAUUUCAGUCCUUCGGGGGCGGAUGAGGAGGACGCCGCGACUACUACGUCCGCGACGCUCCUCCGGGAGCGACAGGAAUCCUCGGCGUCAUCUUUGGCCUCGGUGUCGGCGGUCUCCGUUGCCGCUACCAGUUUGGCGUCGACUUUGACACUGGCUUUGACCGGAACCGCGUCGGUCACCGGGACGCCCGGCGAUUCGGGAUCCGGGGAGGAGAGAGGAGCGCAGGCCGCGGGGACGCAGGACGACUUGGAAAAAUCGGCGGAGUUCUUCGCACCAGCCGGAGCCGACGGUUCCGCGGUCGAGGGGGAAGGUGUCGAUUUGCAGGUCGACGAGACGCAGGUGGACGCGAACGUUUUCGAGGGCGACGAGGAAGAGGAACACGACGACGACGAGGAGGACGAAAAGGAACAGGAGGAGAUCGGCGCUGCGAUCGGCGCGAACGUCGCCGUCUCGGAUUAUCUGAAUGACGAGACGGAUCAGAGACUGGCCAUGUGAGGGACGAUGCGUAGACGAUCGUUGCAUCCGCACUUGACUGAUAUUGUAUUGUAUUGAGGAUGAGGCGAAAGGAAAACUAGAAACUAGAGAGGACUAGUAGGUAUACGUUACGCGAUCGUAAUAUCAAUAAACUGACGAAGAGGUUACAGUCGGAGCCCAUUAAGUAGAGCUGUGGGAUAAUAGAUUAAUACGAGUCUGAAAAGAAAUGCGCUUCGCUAUAUAAAAAGAGACAAUAAUGCCAAAACAAAUCUAUAGUGAUAUAUUAUUCAUUCUCAUUCAUUAGCCAAGGCACAUCGGUUUAAACGAGAGCACGCGAUAUCCCGAUCGUAGAUAUAAACGCGCCCACGUUGGCAUUGAAUUUUUAUGUGCUGCCGGUGUGUAUCAAUAAAAUUAAAUAAUAUAGACUUUCAUCUGAAAUUAGCAUAUUUCAAAAUUCGUUCGACGUAUAUAAUGUAUAAUAUCAGUCUCCGACGAUCGAAGCCGUGGGCUAUACGGAUCUUAUUACGAUGUAACAAUAAUGAUAACUAUCGAAAAUCCACGUAUAAAAUAAGAACUUCGACAUCAGCAAAAAAAUAAUAAUAAUAA